ACCCCAGUUCAUUUCACUUGUCUUGAUGAACUGUGUAGGAUAAUCCAGUACUUUAUUCCUCUGGCUCCUCUCCCUUUGUUUAGCCUCUCUGGAUUUCAAAUCUCAGACCUGCCGUUCCUCACCUGUCCUCUAGCUGCCACUGCAGUUUACUACUGCUGCUGCUGCUGUUGCUGCUGCAUGCCACCUGACCCAAUAACCUGCCUGCCCAGCUGCUUCACAUUAGCCAUUAGCCCCAGUAUACAAAGUGGACUGGACAUUCUCAGUUUAUGUUGUCUCAGCUUCCUACCUUUGUUCCUGUUCAGACGACCAGCUGCCUGCCUGCAUUCAUACUUUGGUCUGAUUUACUACCUUCACAUUGCUGACUGUUUCCCCUCCUCACCUCACUGACCCAUGAAAGAAGCCAUGCCGGUCCUCACAGCAGGAGCAGGGCUGCAUGAAACACUGGCCCUGCUGACCUCUCAGCUGCGUCCUGAUGCCAAUCACAAAGAGGACAUGGUGUUCCUCAAAGAUGUCUUCAGCGAAAGGAGCUUGGGAUACCUCAUGAAGAUUCAUGAGAAGCUGAGACAGUAUGAGAGACAGAGUCCGACACCUGUCCUCCACAGUGCCUCUUCCCUGGCAGAGGAUGUGGCAGAGGAGCUGCAGAGUGGACCGAUGAGCACAGAGGAGAAGGAGCUGCUGCACCUGCUGACCUCACCACAUCUCAAGGCUGUUCUCUCGGUGCACGACACCGUGGCUCAGAAGAACUUUGACCCCGUGCUGCCGCCGCUGCCGGAUGACUUUGAGGACGAUCUGGAAGAGGAGUCGGUGAAGAUUGUCAGGCUGGUGAAGAACAAGGAGCCUCUGGGAGCCACCAUCAGGCGUGAUGAGGCCACGGGGUCAGUGAUUGUGGCUCGGAUCAUGAGGGGAGGCGCAGCUGACCGAAGCGGUUUGGUCCACGUAGGAGAUGAGCUCAGGGAAGUCAAUGGCAUCUCUGUGAUCCACAAGAGGCCUGAUGAGAUCAGUCAGCUGCUGUCCCAGUCCCAGGGCUCCAUCACUCUGAAGAUAAUCCCUGCCAUUAAAGAAGAGGAUCGGCUAAAGGAGAGCAAGGUGUACGUGAGAGCCCUGUUCGACUACAUCCCCUUGGAAGACAAGGCCACACCCUGCCAAGAAGCAGGACUCCCCUUCAAGCGGGGAGACAUCCUGCAAGUCGUGACCCAGGAUGACCACACAUGGUGGCAAGCGAAGCGCGUGGGAGACAGCAACCUACGGGCCGGGCUCAUCCCCUCCAAACAGUUCCAGGAGAGGCGACUGGCCUACAGGAUCAAAAUGGGCACGCUACCGAAUCCAAAAUCCCCUAAAAAGCCUAUCUAUGACCAAGGAUGUGAUAAAGAGGACUGUGACUGUGAGGGCUAUUUCAAUGGACAGUACAUAGCUGGUCUGCGGAGGAGUUUCCGGCUGAGUCGUAAAGACAGGCAAGGAUCUUCCGGUGAGGGCUCAGAUCCCGGAGAUCCCGACUUCUUGACCUAUGAGGAGGUGACUCGCUACCAACAACGGUCCAAUGAGAGGCCCCGUCUGGUGGUUCUGAUUGGUUCUCUUGGAGCACGAAUCAAUGAACUCAAACAGCGGGUGAUUGCUGAAAACCCACAUCGUUACGCAGUGGCUGUACCACAUACCACCAGGCCUAAGAAACCUCAUGAGAAGGAGGGUGUAGAGUACCACUUUGUAACCAAACAGCAAUUUGAUGCAGAUGCCCUGAACAAUAAGUUCAUAGAGCAUGGGGAAUACAAGGAGAACCAGUAUGGCACCAGUAUAGAGGCUAUUCGCUCUGUGCAGGCCAAGAAUAAGAUGUGUAUAGUUGAUGUGCAGCCUGAGGCCCUGAAGAGGCUGCGAACAGCAGAGUUCAAACCCUAUGUGAUAUUUGUCAAACCCCGCGUUCCUGAGAGCAGACGUCGGCGCAGUGCCGCCACCUCACCAGGAGGGGGAGACCAUGGCCGUAUAACAGAUGAGGACCUCCAGGAGAUGCGUCAGUCUGCCAUUCAGAUUGAUCAACAGUAUGGACACCUGGUGGACCGGGUCCUGAUCAAGGAGGACUCAGCCAGUGCCUGUGCAGAGCUGAGAGGUAUUUUGGAAAGGCUGGAGCGAGAGUCCUUCUGGGUGCCUCUCAGCUGGGUGCGGACCUAAACCUAUCCUCCUGCAUCUUCCAGAAGAGCUUCACAGCCAACCCACCAAAUUGCACUGGUCUUCUCCUCAUGAGCCGAUUCCCUUUCCCUCCCAAAGGCCUUCUGGCCAGCCUGGGAGUCCAUUGAACUCCCUCUACCUGACUGACACAAGGCUCGUCCGGCAGCCAUAAACUGAGGCACCAAAGGGAGAGGAUGAUGUCAGAGGAAUACCUCAUUGUCUGGGGUGUUACAGCAGAUCUACAGCUCUAUUGGCUCAAGGCCAGUUAAUUGCCCAAAACUCAGUUUUACUGUCACUCAAAUGUUCGCUACAUUCUCAUGUCAUAUUUAUUCAGGUUUGGUUUGUAUUUAAUUUAUUAACUUUAAAGAUGAGGGAAGGAUGAAGGAUGUUUGUAGUUUAAGUGUUUUAUUCCUCACACUGUCACUCUUUCUAGCUGCAUCGUUCACUAGAGCGUGUCAGGUUUGGGAUCCUACUCAGAGGAUUGCUCUGUCAGUCAGCUUUAAUGUGACUCCUGUUGGAGUAGUUUUAGUAGCAUGUUUUUUUUUUAGUUCCAAAUUUUUAUUUAAUUCAAUGCUAAUCGCUGAAUGCUUCCUGUUAAGUCCUACUCCUUAUACAUCCUGGACAGCAUAAGAACCAACCCAUACAUUCAGCAGAAAUAGAGUAAUUAAGAUUUAAGUGAAUGCAAUUUGAAAUUUCUCUUUUUGCUAAACCAUAAAUAGAGUUUCCACAAAUGGACAGAAACAAAAAUAUUAAACUGGAAUGUGAGAAUCUUAUUUUCUACAAAACAUUGUUUUUAGGGAAACGCAUGACAACUGAUUAUUUAAUCUCAGAUGUAAAUAUUGUAAAUGUUACUCCUUGUGUGCCAACGAAAGAUCUCGUAGCACUUCAAUGCAACCUGUUUACCUGUUGAUCCCUGGAAACCCACAUCUGUUUGUGUGUAAAAAUAACGCCAUCCACACAAAGUGUGUGUGUGUGUGGAUGGAUGUCACAGUGUAUGUUCA